AGUGCAUUGCCCAGAUUGGCUCCUAUCAGCAACUAUUUCCCAUUCACCAUCUACAUAGGAAAGUGAAUUGUUUGUGCGUGACAUUACAACCCUUUUGAACGUUGUGUGUAAAAAAACCCAAAAAAGUUCACAUCUCUAGGAGAGGAGCGUAGCUGGCCCGCGUAGAUGUUAAAGUCACUAAAGGAAGCCUUCUUGCAAAAUUUCACUUGCAAGAGAAAUCGUUCCGUGAAAAUGUCGACCUCAAGAUUUUCAGAUUUCUCCAGCAUUCAGUGCAGGACAAGGUCAGCUCUGACCUGGUUUCAGAAAAUUGUCGAGGAUGUGGUCGAGAAAGAACGGCUGAGCAUGUUUGAUGAAAUCAGUGCCGCUGGCGAUGUUCAGCUUGUUAAGGAGAUGUUCUCGGUUGGUUGUUGUGGUAGCUUUCUAUUACUUUUUACUUUUCCAAUAUCGUAGUGAUUUUCAUUGAGUAAAAACAUUGGGAGGUCCAUUUAUCUUGACACCCCCCCCCCAACCACACACACACUCACGCACACACAACUAGUGCGUUGCCUGUUUAAUGAACAUAUCUAAAAGAGUAUCGUGUAAAGGUGCAUAAUGUUGGGUAGCUUUGUAAAGCACGUGUUAUGGCAUUUGUGUAGGCCUAAUUUUAGCGUUGUGGCCACCACGACUUGUCUCCCAUUUGUUUUGUGUUUAUAAUGACGUCAUCGAGGAAAUGUGUGGUGCCACUACUUUUACCCACCCUCCCUUGAUUUGGAAAAGGUUAUUUACGUUCGAAUACGAUCUUUUUGUUCUAAAGAUUGCUAUCAGGUGACACAAUGUUGUGAUAAACACUAUAAAUAUAUAUAAGACGACAGUUUUUCUGUCCGAUAGAGAUUAUUGCUAUAGUUCUCAGACGAAUACGAGACGUCGAUCCAACAUUGCAAGAUUGUACUCUUUACGUGUGUGUGUUUGUAUUUUGUUAGGCUUGUACCUUUUCACUUGCUGUGCUGUAAGUUGAUGAAGAUUUUAUUUCUGUAUCGAAGUUGCAUUAUUUUUAUAGAAAUUUAAUACUAUAAUUAAAUCGAAUGUUCUUACCAUCACUAUACCUUUGGUAUCAUUAUUCCUUCCAUGUUUCUUUUCUCAGUCUUUUGUUACGUUUUGUUCACGAGCCAAAUCUUAAAACAGGUUAUAAUUUAAAAACCAUAUAACGGUGCGUAACAUUGCGUCUUUCUCAAUCUUUCGAGUCUAUGUAGCCGCAACUUAACUGAAAAGGCUGACAUUCACCUCAACCGUUUGGAGCUAUAACACUGAAGCUGCCGUUAGCAUAAUGUAAAAAUCCCGAUCUAAUUCAGUAUAGGACUUUUGACGCCGUACGCUAAAUUUUUCAUGUUCGCAAAACAAGACAUUUGUAGCCCCAAUCAAGUAGAUGUCUGAUUCCCUAUACGCAAAGGUCUUAUUUCGUUCAAUUUUUUAAAAGUUAUUUUUUUUUCCUAAAAGGUGGUUUAACAUUUUAUUCCAAAAAUCAUUGCCAAUGACGUUAUUUCCAAGUACCUCGACUGUUGUUGCCCUAAUGUGGCCUAAAGCAUUACUAUAUAGCAAAUUGACAUCAAUAUUUUUAGAUUUGUUUGUGUUUCUUAUAUUAAUUAUUUUAAGCAUUAUCUGAAAUGGUUUAUGACAUGGAGUAACUGGACAUUAUCAAUGCAAAGUUUUCCUUGAAGACUUCAAUUCUUGCGCUAUGUACUACUCCGUUAUGACUUAAGUUAUCGAGACACAGACAAUUUAUUUCUAAUUCUACCUGUUUGGUUGUUUGCCUCUACGAAGUGGACCAUUGUUCGUGGACUCUAUACCUUUUAAAACAAACUAAAACUGUCAGGUCUCAGUGACACACUGUGACAGGUCUCAUUAACACACUGUGCCAGGUCUCAGUGACACACUGUGCCACGUCUCAGUGACAGACUGUGCCAGGUUUCAGUGACACACUGUGCCAGGUCUCAGUGACACACUGUGCCAGGUCACAGUGACACACUGUGCCAUGUCUCGGAGACACACUGUGCCAGGUCUCAGUGACACACUGUGCCAUGUCUCAGUGACACACUAUGCCAGGUCUCAGAGACACCCUGUGCCAGGUCUCAGUGACACACUGUGCCAGGUCUUAGAGACACACUGUGCCAGGUCUCAUUGACACACUGUGCCAGGUCUCAGUGACAUACUGUGCCAGGUCUCAUUGAUACACUGUGUCAGUUCUCAGUGACACACUGUGCCAUCUUCUUAAAGUGCUUUCCCUGGUAUAUCUAUAGCCAGCGUCAAUCAAUGAAAAACGUGGCCAGAUUGGGUUAUCCAUUUCUUUUACACUCGUAUAUAUAACUUACAAAAUGGAUUCAAUGAGUUCCCCAAAUGUAUGGGGGACAAUGUAUUACAUUUACUGAAGCACAAGAAACUUAUGUUGUCCAUUUCCUCUGCAGUGUGCCCAGAACGGCAACGCCAAGGAAGUGGCCAGGAUUAUCAAGGCAGACCCCACGCGCCUCCGUGCUAAAAACAACCAUGGCCAGACGGCCUUACAUGUGGCAGCGGCCAAAGACCACAUUGAGGUCGUCGAGGUGCUCUUGGAACAACAUCCGGGUAACCUUUUAUUUAUUUAAAUAAGCAUCAUGCCAUAUGAACAUGUUUCGUGAUCAAAGCAACUAUUUCGUUCGGAAUCAAAUUGAGGAGAAAAGAAGUAUGACUUAUCUUUCUGACUGUACAUUUCGUGUUAACGCUGGGUUUUAUAACGAGUCUAGAGUUCAAUUCAAUAAAAGAAAACAUUUACAGGAAAUGGGUAAAUGGUUUUAAAGUGGCUUUUUAAAAAAAAUAGCAAUACCUUCAAAGGAGACUUCGAUCUAAGAACAAAACAAUUUUUAUUUACAACAGAAAACGGCUAUCAAUAAUAAAUAACUAGUAAUGAAAAAUUUCUGGAAAAAAAUAAAGAUGUGGGCUUAUGAUAUAGAAAUGUUAACUUACAUUUAAUGAUUACAUUUCAUCCGAUUCGCUCUUGUUUCCCCCAGACAUUGACGCCCUUGACAAUGACGGGAACACGCCCUUGCACCUGGCAGUUUAUGCAGGCGCGGACAAAAUUGUCGAUUUGCUCAUCAAGAAUGGCGCCAAGACCAACAUCCGCAACAGUCAACUCAUGAUGCCGAUUCACGUGGCUGCCGAACUACCAAACGUUGAUGUCGUCAAAGUAAGUUGUUGGGUUGCUCUGUGUUUACCUAGAUUUCGUAAAUAAUUUACACCACCACAGUUCAUUGUAAUUUUUUUUUUGUUGUUAAACUUAAUUGACUUAGGGUUGCGCUUCCGAAACACAAUAAAGUUAAUGUUAGUUGAUUCUUUAAAAUAAAUACCCACUUUACACCUAAAAGAAAAAAUUUAGAAAAUCUGUCCCCUCUUUUGUGAAUAUAAAUUAAAGGACUGCUUUCAAGCUUAGUAAAUGAAUGAAAUAGAAAAACGAGGUAUGUGGAAGCUUGAAGUAAUAUAACAGGACAAAAAAACAAGGACGUUUCGGCGUAAAGCCUUCCUCAGCCAACAGUAGAAAUUAAAAUAUAACAAAGAACAGAGCACAGUACACCAAUCAAGAGUAUCCAUUCGUGUCGCCGGAAGUGGGAAUACAGGAAGAUAGAGAAUAUAAAUAUUAACACUGUGAAAAAUGAGGUCCACAAUAAUUAUGGACCAGAAUAUCCAGGGAUACAUAAAGCUGGGGAAGGCUUUACGCCGAAACGUCCUUGUUUUGUGUCCUGUUAUCUUAUUUCAAACUCUUUUGUGAAGCCGGAAUGUGCAGACAGCCAAACGUGUGCUCUCUCAAACCUUAAGAAAACUAAGAAAGCUUUUACAUAGUACACCUUUAUAAACAUUGUCCAUUUACUGUUGAUGGCUCGUUCCGACCGAUGCAAUAAAUAUUGUGUUUUUUUAUUCGUGUCCAAAUUAGUCACUGCUCAGCAACGGCGUUGACCCCAACGGGAUAGGAGAAUCUGGCAUGACGGCUCUGCAUUACGCUGCUGCCAAGGACAAUGGAGUUGUGAUGCAAGUACUGGUAAGAAUAAACUAGAGACACACAUGGUGUAAAUAAAACAAUGAAGUUUUAGCUUUAAUAAUGGUAACACGGAAUACCAAUGCAAACGUCUUAGCAAAUGCCUUCAUCAGUACGACAAAAAACAACAUUCAUAUCAGCAAAAAUAAAAUGUACAAUAUAUAUUUACAAUAUAUAUAUAUAUAUAUAUAUAUAUAUAUAUAUGUAUGUAUGUAUGUAUGCUAGGGCUUAACUGUGUGCAGUAUUUUAAUACUGGGUUCGGGUAUUUUGACCAAAUGUUACUAAAAAGAAAAUUGACCUUCUCAUUUUCUAUAAUAUAUGUGAGCCUUUAAACAAUAACCUUUUAACCAAAAGACCUUGUGACAGUCCUACACCCUACCUGCUGGUCUUUAAACAAUAGCCCUACGUAAGAAAGUCCUACCCCCUACCUGCCGGCCUUUAAACAAUAGCCCUACGUAAGACAGUCCUACACCCUACCUCCGGCCUUUAAACAAUAGCCUUACGUAAGACAGUCCUACAGACAGUCCUACAGACAGUCAUAAACAAUACCCGUUGCUCUUUACUAAUAAUAUUAAAAUGAUAUUCGCCUCCCGCUAAAUAAAUUGUUUUUACCUAUGUUCACAUGUCACACAUGACAUCUGUUUUUUUAAACUCAGUAUUAUUAAUAUAAAACACGUGGCGUGAGGAGGGGCCGGUAACAGGAUAUACCAGAAGCAAAAUAUAGGCCUCUAUAAGAGAAGAGAUAAGUGUUCUAUCUAAAUGACUUAACCAGGUUUUCCCAAGGCACUCUAUGUCACAUUAUUUUAAGUGAACUGAGAAAGAGCGAAUUUAUUUUAAUUUUUUUUUUUUACUUUUAAAGAUAAGUUUUAAAAAAAAUAAAAUGUGUCAUUAAGAUAAUAAAGUGCCUUGUAUUAACGAUUUAUAGAUGUUUCUGCAAACAAAUUUGUAUUAGCUGAGUUACUGGUGUGUACCAGGUCCUCUGAAUGUCACGUCAUAUAAAUUAUCGCAUUAGUGGAAGGGGACCUAAACAGACUGGCAUCAGUAAACCUAGCUACGCAACUGCAUCUCAGAGACGUACGAUUAGCAGUGCGGAAAUAUCCUCAUCUACGUAUAAUUGGGUUAAAUGUGGGAUUUUUCAGAUGCAAAGAGGAGGCAAGCCAUGUUGGAAAUGUGAUUAUGGCUACUACCCCAUACAUAUAGCGGCAAAAUGUGCCGCAGCAAGUGCCAUGGAGGCCAUCAUUGAACAAGGUGGUGUUCAUGUUCUGUUCGUAAGCCUAAAUGCUGUGUACGUUUCUGUGUGUCACCAGCAGUCAGUUGUUCAGUGUGAGUUAAAAUAUUGUUCACAUAUUAUGUCCUCCAUGUCUGGUGUAUUUCUACAUUUAGUCUUUUUUUUUUUAAAUGGUAAUUUCAAUUUAAAUAAACAACAGGCGAAAGUCAAAUUGUCAUUAAUUUUCUUGUCGUGCUUUUAUUAGCAUCGAAUGCGUUAGUCAUAUUCUAUUCGAGAUAACACUAUUUCGUUUUCAUACUGUCAGCUAUAAAGCAAGGCUACACACGGGAGCAGAUUCUAUCCUUUAAGGACAGAGAGAACAAUCUUCCUCUACAUGCGGCUGUUAAUGGUGGAGACAUUAAGGUACUUCCUUCAGACUCUCUAUCGUGUUCUUUGCUUUACACUUUUCAUUAAGUUUAUACUUUGUUGUAAUGUAACAUGUAGUGUCGUAACAGGAUGAUGGUUUACACCGUGACGAUAGAAGGGAAAAUGGUGACAAUGGCAGGGGCUCUGAAGUUGUGCCCCUGUCCUUUCAAAGGAAUGUCUGAAAAUUUGGAACCUGUGCGGGUGGGGGUGUACAUUAAUGGUAUUUUUAAGUCAUUUUAAAUGUCAGUCAGGCCACGGGGCCCGUUUAAUACCAUUUUUAAUAUGUCUCUACUUGUUCGUUGUAAUUUUCAAUAGAUAAUUGUUGAUCAUUUUUCACCAAAACUUCUUCUUCGUUUCAGUCUUUCCGUAUCAUUGUUAAUCCGCUCAUCUCUUUUCAGAUGAUCAGUUAUUCUCUCAGGUGUAAAUGCUUUCAUUUCAGCGUACAUUUUUUUUCUUACUGUUAUGUUUUCAUUGUUUUUAUUUCAAACAAGUAACAUAAACAUAUAUAUACAUAAAUACAAGUUCUCAAUCAGGUGUUGACUUUCUGCUUGCGUCCGGAACACGGUUCAUAAACACACACUCUGUUCAGUCUCUCUGCGCAUGCGCGCUGUUUCCUUGGCUGGCUAUCGGUACGGGCCAGUCCGCUAGUCCACCAUAACACCUCCCCGAACAAUUACAAGUACAGUAACAAUGGUGCUCGACGUUGUCUUUGAGAUCUUCUGGGUAAGACAUAGUCUGAAGUUCCUGGAUAUCGAGGGUUAAUCUUCUUCUUAGGUGGACUUGGAGUUGCUGGAUAUGUAGACGUUUGAUGACUCAGGGCUGCCUGGGCUGUUGGAUAAAGACUUCCUGUCAUUAUAUCCAAACCUGGUUCUGUAUCUUCUUCUGCUCCGUACCUGGGGCGAAGUUGGUCUAAAUGUCUCUUCCAAAUGGGACCAUUUGGAUAAAUCUUUACCUUGAAAAGACGUGGACCCAUAACUUGGAUGAUUGUACCGGGAGCCCAUCGUGGUUUAGAGUCUGUUGCUGUUCCAUAUACUCUGACGUAACAUGGAUCUCCCCGGUUAAACGAUCGACUAGGACUUCUUUUUGUCCCAUUGCGGACGGCUAUUUCUUUAAGAAGUUGUCCCUUUGCUCGAUGAGCAGGAGAGGGAACUAGAGUAUCAAUAAGUGUUCUUAUUUGCCGAAAGUUCAGCAGUUGUCUUGGUUCACUUGCUUUAAUCAAUGAGUUUUGAUUAGCAAUGUGAUUUGUCCUUGUUUGAAACAGUGCGUCUUUUGAAAUCUUGAGGUUCUUUAAUGCAGUUCUGCCAAACAAGUUUAAGUUGUGGUUUUUCACUACUACAAAUGACAAAUUUUUAGUUAUUUUCCCUGCCUCAGCAUUUAUCUGCACACUUCCCAAUACAUUAGCUACUGGGCUCAAUGUGGGUUGUCCCAGCUUUCGCCAAACAGAUUCAGACAUAAAAUUUUCUCCGGCUCCAGUGUCAAUUUCAAAUGCAAACAUCUUUCCACCUAAAAUGAGUUCUUGAAUAAGGGGCGGGAAAGUUUUUAUUUGAUUUUGCCUUCUUAUUCUUUUGAGAAGACUCGGUUUCUGUUUUGGAGCAUUCUCUUUCUUAUUUAGACAAACUCUUUCUAGAUGUCCUCUCUUGUGGCAAAAGCGGCAGAUCACGUCUUUGUACCUGCAGACAUUUCCUUUAUGGCCUCUUACUCCACACCUGCCACAAGUUCCACUCGGAAAAUCCUGUCUUUGAGAUGGAGAAAAUUUCUCUGCUGUCUGAUGUUGCUUCUUUCUGUGUGACUGAAUUUUAUUGAUAGGCGUUUCGUCAUGGACUGUUUCUUUGGCACAUUUCGCUGCCUCCUCUGUUUCAACAGCUAUUUCUACUGCCUUGUUGAAAGAUAGUUCAGUGCCCUUCAUCCGAAACAAAAUUUUUAAUAGUGCCUCAUUCUUUACAGAGCACAUGAAUCUUGUUCGUAAAGCUUCAUCUAGUGGAUUUUUGAUAUUACUAAACUCACAAGUUGCUGCAUCCUGUCUGAUCCUAGCUGCCAAUUCUUUGAUUGUUUCCCCUGGUUUUCUACUUGCAUCAGACCAAAAUUUGAACCUUUCUCUGAUUACAAAUUUGGUGGAGUCAAAUUGAUCCAUCAUUAUUCUAUAUAUUUCUUCUAUGUUCAAGUCAUUUAACUUUUGUGGUGGUUCUUUUUGUUGUACGAUGGUUGAUAACAUUUUAUGCAGCUCUGGCGUCUGGCUUGUUACAAAAAAUGUGUGCCUGCCUUUCCUUUGGCACAUUAUUUGCCAACACGAAGGUCACAUAUCUAGCGUAGUAGUCUGUGAAGGUUUCCUCGUUACUAUUGAAAUGUGUAAACUUCAUAUUCGUAGCCGUAUGACCUGUUGCUAGUUUCAAAAGUAGCUCGUUCUGUUGUAUGAGCUUCUGGAUAAUGUCAGCUUGGGUCAGAGUUGACUCCAUAGUGUAUUCACUUUCUCCGUCCCGUGAACUCACUCGUGCGUAUCAAACUAUGACUCGGUUGUACUGAGUUGUACUGAGUUUUGUAUUGAGUUAAUACUUGCCAUCAUACUGUGUCGUUGAUGCUGGUCGAUACCACACUGUGAUGUUUAUACUGGCCACCAUUUUGUUAUGUUUUCAUUGUUUUUAUUUCAAACAAGUAACAUAAACAUAUAUAUACAUAAAUACAAGUUCUCAAUCAGGUGUUGACUUGCUGCUUGCGUCCGGAACACGGUUCAUAAACACACACUCUGUUCAGUCUCUCUGCGCAUGCGCGCUGUUUCCUUGGCUGGCUAUCGGUACGGGCCAGUCCGCUAGUCCACCAUAACACUUACUGUGGUCAGAUUGUUUCAAAACCUAACAUGGAAGUCUUUAAUCUCUUCUAACAGGCGGUGAAAGUGUGUCUGAGUGCCGGCGCAUCAGUAAAGGCUCAACAGGCAAGUCUUUAAAAGCAACAAAAUCAAUAACGGUGUUAUUUUUAAAAAUAAUAAGACGUUUAUCUGUCUUUGUAUAGAAUCAGACUAAGCUAAAGUUCAUAAUUUGCACGGCUUCAAAGAUUCCUUUUAGUUUAUGGCAUUAAUUCAGAGUGACCGUGUUGGGGAAGCAAAGGUCUAAAGUGCUUGAGAAGCAGAAAAGCUGUUGUGAGUUUGGACAGGUGAAAGCAGCUGGCUGUAGUCUGUGUCAUCGAGUGUUGGCCAAAACAAGUGGCAGUUAGUUGCACAAUGACGUGUUGGCCAAAACAAGUGCCAGGCAGUUGCACAAUGAUGUGUUGGCCAAAACACAGAGUGUGAGUGCCAGGCAGUUGCACAAUGUGUGUUGGCCAAAAAAAGUGCCAGGCAGUUGCACAAUGAUGUGUUGGCCAAAACACAGAGUGCCAGUGCCAGGCAGUUGCACAAUGAUGUGUUGGCCAAAACAAGUGCCAGGCAGUUGCACAAUGAUGUGUUGGCCAAAACACAGAGUGUGAGUGCCAGGCAGUUGCACAAUGUGUGUUGGCCAAAACAAGUGCCAGGCAGUUGCACAAUGAUGUGUUGGCCAAAACACAGAGUGCCAGUGCCAGGCAGUUGCACAGUGAUGUGUUGGCCAAAACAAGUGCCAGGCAGUUGCUCAAUGAUGUGUUGGCCAAAACAAGUGCCAGGCAGUUGCACAAUGAUGUGUUGGCCAAAACAAGUGCCAGGCAGUUGCACAAUGAUGUGUUGGCCAAAACACAGAAUGCGAGUGCCAGGAAGUUGCACAGUGAUGUGUUGGCCAAAACACAGAGUGCGAGUGCCAGGCAGUUGCACAAUGAUGUGUUGGCCAAAACAAGUGCCAGGCAGUUGCACAAUGAUGUGUUGGCCAAAACAAGUGCCAGGCAGUUGCACAAUGAUGUGUUGGCCAAAACAAGUGCCAGGCAGUUGCACAAUGAUGUGUUGGCCAAAACACAGAGUGCCAGGCAGUUGCACAAUCACUUAGUUCAGCGGUUCUCAACCUGUGGGUCGCGAAUCCUUUGGUGGUCGCGCGCCCCUUUCUCAGGGGUCGCCUGAAACCAUCUGAAAAUACACAUACUCUACAGUUCUAAAGUAUCAACGAAAAUAAUUUUGUGGCUGGGGGGUUGCCACAACAUGAGAAACGGUAUUAAAGGGUCGCGGCAUUAGAAAGGUUGACAACCACUGACCUAGCUAGUACGCCAAAACAAAAAGUACACAUUCUAGACAGUUGUACAAUCAUUUUUUUGGGACAAAACACAAAAUACGAGACAUGGGGAGGGUGCUAUUUUUUUUUAAAUUAAUUUUUUUUUCAUUUUUGAAUUUAAAAAAAAAAGAAGACAAAUUUUAAAAAUCUAAAAAUAACGUAUUCCUAACGUUGGAACAGAUUAAUUGAAGUUACGUUGAUUUCAAUGGGGAAAAAUCACUUUAGUUAGCGAAUGUUGAACGGAAUCACGGAACUGAUUGGUUCACUAACAAAGGUUACACUUUAUUUGUAUUUCAAUAAUAUAUUACAGGAAAGGUCUUGGCCUAUUCUUUAUAAAGAUGUUUUAGCCGUAUAUGUCUGAAUUUGUCCGAAUUUGACAGUUUCGUAUUUGCCUCAAGCCCCUGAGAAUGCGCUUGUCUGACAAGCUUCAAAGGUAAAAACUAAUCAAAGUAAGACAUAUCUUGAUUUGAUUUUGCACAACAAAUAAUUGUCUAACGUUCACCAGGAAGACGGCUCCACGCCCUUGCACUUUGCCUGCGCCCAAGGCAACAUGGAGAUGAUUCGCCUCAUGGAACAGAUGCAGAGAGACAACUUUCUGGCCGCUGUUAGCACCGUGGAUGUACUGAAGAUGACGCCCCUGCACAGGGCAGCUUUGUUCAACCACACGCCAGCUAUUGUAUACUUGUUGGAACAUGUAAGCUUUCUCAGCUAUUGUAUACUUAAUGGGACAUGUAAGUUUUCUCAGCUAUUGUAAACCUAUUGGAACAUUAAGCUUUGCUAGCCAUUGUAUACUUAUUGGAACAUGUAAGCUUUCUCAGCCAUUGUAGCUGACAUUGAUGUCUGCCAUUGUUGACACGUAUCUCUUGGGUGCUGACAUUAAUGUCUGCCAUUGUUGACACGUAUCUCUUGGGUGCUGACAUUAAUGUCUGACAUUGUUGACACGUAUCUCUUGGGUGCUGACAUUAAUGUCUGACAUUGUUGACACGUAUCUUUAGGGUGCUGACAUUAAUGUCUGCCAUUGUUGACACGUAUCUCUUGGGUGCUGACAUUAAUGUCUACCAUUGUUGACACGUAUCUCUCGGGUGCUGACAUUAAUGUCUGACAUUGUUGACACGUAUCUCUUGGGUGCUGACAUUAAUGUCUGACAUUAUUGACACGUAUCUCUUGGGUGCUGACAUUAAUGUCUGACAUUGUUGACACGUAUCUUUAGGGUGCUGACAUUAAUGUCUGACAUUGUUGACACGUAUCUUUAGGGUGCUGACAUUAAUGUCUGCCAUUGUUGACACGUAUCUCUAGGGUGCUGACAUCGACUCCCGAGACAACAAUGAAAGAACUCCACUGCUGCUGGCGGCAUCAAAAGGCUGCUGGACCACAGUGCAGGUUCUUUUAGAGAAGGGAGCAGACGUCCACGUCCGUGACAUCAAGAACAGGAACUUUCUCCACCUGGCCGUCAAGUUUGGCGGCAAAUUGGAACAGAUU